AAAAGACACCAACUCAUCCACAGUGGAGUUAAACCUUACUGCUGUGAGUUGUGUGGAAAGUCUUUUACCCAGGCUGGAACCUUAAAAAAACACCAACUCAUCCACAGUGGAGUUAAACCUUACAGCUGUGACUUGUGUGGAAAGUCUUUUACUCAGGCUGGAGACUUAAAAAGACACCAACUCUUCCACAGUGGAUUCAGAGCGUACAACUGUGACUUGUGUGGAAAGUCUUUUACCCAGGCUGGAGACUUAAAAAGACACCAACUCAUCCACAGUGGAGAUAAAGCGUAUAGCUGUGACUUGUGUGGAAAGUCUUUUACCCAGGCUGGAAACUUAAAAAACCACCAACUCAUCCACAGCGGAUUUAAACCUUACAGCUGUGAGUUUUGUGGAAAGUCUUUUACCGAGGCUGGAACCUUAAAAAGACACCAACUCAUCCACAGCGGAUUUAAACCUUACAGCUGUGAGUUUUGUGGAAAG